AUGCCCAUCAGCAAGAAGGCCAGAAUUCAGCGCGAGCAGAAAGCCGCCGAAAAAGCCGGCACUCGCGCCCCUCACAAGCCAAAUGGUCUCCUUGUAAAGCCUCCCAAGCCCACAUCAAUUGAGAUUGUCAACACCAACAGGGUUCAGCUUGAGGUUCACGCUGGCACCCAUGACGCCAAGCUCUGGCCUAAGGAGAAGUGCUGGCCGAACGACUUCCCCGCAGCCUAG